AUGAUUUUAAUGGAUUAAUAAGUUGCGUAUAGAGAAGUCAUUUUGUAACUAAAGCCUGAAGGUACAUUGUGUGAAUUUUCAAUAGAAACAAACAAAAUAUUUUUCGUUUUUUCUCUUCUCACAUCCUGAAAGCCAACCAGUGGUCGAGUGGAUAAAACUACUAAACAGUGGUAGUUGGUCGCGGGUUCCUGCCUCCCCAAAGGAUUGGCCAUGUGGAGUUUCCCGAGUUUUCUUCAGUUUCUAAUAUCUAAAUAGCGACUAGUUUUCCACAGAAAGUUCUCCUGGGAGACAUUUCUCCUUGGCAGAUUACGUUGCGUUGCCAUAUUCCAUCAAACCAAAUUACAUCGUGAAAGUGUUCUGGUGAAUCACUUUCAUACAAUUGUAUAUUCUAUUUGAUAAAAAGCAAUGUAUAAAUGUGAAUAACGUAUUUGUGUAUCCUUCAGUCACUGAUUGAUAAUAUACAGUAUCAAUAAGUGUUACCGCUUCCCGGGACGAGGACUCAACUCCUUGUUUGAUGUUGAUAUAAACUAAACGGAUGGACGUUGCUGAACGGAGUAGUCAGGGUGUUUACAUUUAAACAGACGAAUCAGUAGCGUGUAGAAGCUCUUGCAACACCAUGAAGUGCAGAACGAAGAUUCUCUAUGCUGUUACCUUUUUCAAUUUUCUAUUGAUGUCCAUUUCUGGAAGGGGAUCGUCGGACAAAAAAUGGAUUCCUCAAAAAGAAAAUGAGCUUCUUAAAAAAGAUACAGAAGAUAUUAUAGAUGCUCUUAUUUAUUCUGAAGAAUGUUCUGUAAGAAAAUGCCAUGGAAAUUAUCAGUGUUGCAAAGGAUACGUUUGCGUAAUUCUAAAUGAAAAUUUAAACGUAGGAACAUGCCUUCCGAUUUAUCCAAGAAUCUUAGAUCAUCCUUGCCCAAGUGAUGUAGAUUGCAUCGAAUUUCUAAAAUGUUUGAAGAUCAAACCAUCCAAAGUGUGCCAUACAGAAAUUAAGAAUGUCAGAAAAAGGCGUUAUACUAAACGGAUGGACGUUGCUGAACGGAGUAGUCAGGGUGUUUACAUUUAAACAGACGAAUCAGUAGCGUGUAGAAGCUCUUGCAACACCAUGAAGUGCAGAACGAAGAUUCUCUAUGCUGUUACCUUUUUCAAUUUUCUAUUGAUGUCCAUUUCUGGAAGGGGAUCGUCGGACAAAAAAUGGAUUCCUCAAAAAGAAAAUGAGCUUCUUAAAAAAGAUACAGAAGAUAUUAUAGAUGCUCUUAUUUAUUCUGAAGAAUGUUCUGUAAGAAAAUGCCAUGGAAAUUAUCAGUGUUGCAAAGGAUACGUUUGCGUAAUUCUAAAUGAAAAUUUAAACGUAGGAACAUGCCUUCCGAUUUAUCCAAGAAUCUUAGAUCAUCCUUGCCCAAGUGAUGUAGAUUGCAUCGAAUUUCUAAAAUGUUUGAAGAUCAAACCAUCCAAAGUGUGCCAUACAGAAAUUAAGAAUGUCAGAAAAAGGCGUUAUAAUGAACAGUGCGUGACAAGUUCAGAAUGUGACAUGGACAAGGGAUUAUGUUGCCAACUUCAACGACGUCACAGAAUGGCACCCAGGAAAGCUUGCUAUUAUUUCACAGAUGCAAAAAGCUGUAUCGGUUUGAUCAAUACUGUAUACACAAAGCCAAUACAUUUCGAAUCAAAUCCAUUCUUUAAAGCAAGAUUAGGUUAAAGUUUAUUUUCGGUUUUAAGCUCUACGUGUUUGCCGUUAAAUGUUGAAAACAAUCGAAUAUACGAUACGUCUAAUCUGCAAGCAAUCACGUGAUCCAUUUCUUGUAAAACGGACUAAAUCAUUGGUUCGUUUACUUUGAAUCUGCGGUCUCCACGCACUCAUAAUUUCGCUUAGUGUUUAUUACUGCUGCCAUCUAGUGUUAAAUAUAUUUUAGUGAAAUUUUAAAUUAUUUUAUUUAAAUUAAAUCGUUUUCCAUUUACGUGAUUUUUUUU